AGCCUCCCAUUCUCCCUUUCUCUCUUUCUCUCUCUAAAACACUCUCUCCUUUUCUACCAAGUAAUCGACUUUUUAUUAUCGUUUUGGUUCCUUUUGAUUAAAAACCCUAAGAGGGACCCUAAUCUAUCUCUCAGCUUUUGCAGAUCUCAACAACUCGGUUUCUAAUUUUUGCUUUUUUGAUUCUAAUCUCUUCUCUCUCAGCUUGAGGUUUUGAAAGUGAAUUUCAGGAUUUCUUUUUCCGGAGAUCUUUUCACGGUGACAAGGAGCUGAACGCACUGGGCUGGAAGAAUUCCUUCAGCCAAGGGAUUGGUGUCACUGCACCUAAGGCAAGAACUCGCGACAAACCUGUGAUUACUAUGGUCUUUUUCUACCUCUAAUUUUGGGUCACCUGGGGACAAGAAUUCGCGUUUGGAUUUCAAUAAUUGAGAACAAUAAAUUGAAAACCAAUGACUCGGGUUUUGGUUCAACGAGGCAGUGGUUCUUCUUCUUCAAGCCAGAGCAGAGCAGGGUCAUCAUCAACUGCUCGGCCUGAGACACAGGUUGCAGCUACCCCUCAGAUUAUUUCAGCUCCAAAAGAUGAGGAAAUUGGUGAUGAAAGACAGGAACUUGUUGUCGAUGAGUUCUUGGAGUAUUGCGGGAGUAGCGACAAGGCAACAAAAAGUGACGAGUUUUUUAUGGAAGGUUUACAUGGUGAUAAGAUUGAAAAUUUGAAUGAUGAAAUUGUUGAUAAUGAGAAAUUGAUUAAUGUCGAGCGCAUUGGAUCAGGGGAUUUGAUAAAAGGAUUGGACGGUUUGAGGAUAUUGGAGGGACCUGCAGCUGAGACUGAAGGUUCAAGUGGUAGUUCUCCAGGCAUUGGCAGUGGAAGUCCUCAUCCACCACCCCCUCCUGUGCCACCACCAAAACCUCUGUCAUCAAAUUCAAAUUCAAAUUCGAACUCAAACUUGAGGAGAACUGUAACGGGAAGUUCAAAUUCUGUGCGUAUUGGAUCAUCUAGAAGAGCGGUUGCUUGGCCUGUUGUUUCUACAAGGACAUCACCAUCUGGGUCACGGCCUUCCUCUCCUAGGUCUCAUGGUGAUAGUGAGGGAUAUAAUAGUGCUGACGAGCAGAACCCUUGCUGUGUUUCCUCCUAUGAUGAUUUGGAAAGAGAACGCCAAUUUGAAAUUGACAUAAGGCGGUCUAAAGGAUUUGAAGUUAGAAGGAUGUUGGGGGAUGGGAAUUGUCUCUUCCGUGCUGUUGCGGAUCAAGUGUAUGGGGAUUCUGAGGCGUAUGAUUUGAUUAGACAAAUGUGCAUAGAUUAUAUGGAGCGAGAAAGGGACCACUUUUCUCAAUUUAUUACUGAAGGUUUUACAUCAUACUGUAAGAGGAAGAGAAGGGACAAGGUCUAUGGGAACAAUGUGGAGAUCCAAGCUCUAUCAGAAAUGUAUAACCGGCCAAUCCACAUAUAUUCCUAUAGCACUGAACCUAUCAACAUUUUUCAUGGAAGCUACAACACUGACACACCACCCAUAAGGCUGAGUUAUCAUCAUGGUAAUCAUUAUAACUCUCUUCUUGACCCACGUCGACUGACAAUUGGUGCAGGGCUUGGUUUCAGCUGUCUUAGAGGGACUAACGUGGACAAGGAUCAGGUCAAAGCUGCAAUUAAAGCUCAGCAGGACCAGCAGAUUGAUAAUGCACUUUUAGCUGAGGGGCGGUUUUACUCUGAUCUUGAACUUACUGAAAAGGAGAUUGAGCGUAUGGUGAUGGAAGCUUCUCGGGCUGAGUAUAUUGCCAAUGACAAGUUCAAGCAGCAACUUGGUCAUAAAGAAUCUACUUCUGGCGCUGAACCAUCAUCUUCUGGAGCUAGAUCAUCGGGCAGUGAGAACAAAGGGAUGAAGGAACAUGGAUCUCAAGAUGCUGUCCUGAGCAGCAGUAUGCAGAUGGUUCUGUCUAUGGGAUUCAGCUAUCUGCAGGUGAUUGAGGCAUACAGCAUAUUCGGUGACGAUGUUGAUUCAAUGGUUUGUUACCUCUUGGAAACUGGAACUGGAAGCAGCAGGCGCAAAGGCAAAGCAACUGAAUAGAGCAAGCCUCUUCCAUGUCAGAAACAGAAUUAGCUGCUUCAUGCUGACAGACAUGUAACUUGGAGUGAAAAAUAGAAGCGAUUGCCGAGAACUUUAAAGAAUGCUAUUAAAGUUCAAUAAAUAAAAUAAAAAUGGACUACCAGUUUAUGUUCAAAAUUAUCUUUUGAAUCAAAUGUUCAAUUUUCAGUGCUCAAUAAUACAUGAAAUAUUGUGUGGC